GGGCAACAGAACCACCACCGACCCUCUCGACGUGCCCCAACCGCCCUUGGGACGGACGAUGAUCACUCCACCUGUUCCGCUGAGCGCGAUGGGCGACAGGCUAGCAACUCUGAAGGUUCCAGAGCUCAAAGGUCUGGCCAAGAUGAUGUCGCUGAGCAUUUCAGGCCGGAAGCAAGAGCUCAUCAACCGCAUUGUCCAAAAGUGCUCGCAAUUCAAUGCGCUGCAACAAUCGGCAGGUUCCAUGUCCGACUCACAGAGCCAUUUCUUCACGCAGCACAUGGUGAAUGGAUACAAAGAGAUGGAACAAUUGUUGCAGGGGUCGUCCCACUACAUGGUGACGCCGCCGACCGGCAACAUGCGCAUGCUGAAAGCGCCCGCAGUGACUCCUCAGCCAACAAGCGCGCCGAUACCGAACGGAUCGUGGAACAUGGUUCCCAACCAUGACGGGAUCUUAAACUCGACAUUUUUGCUGCAUGCAAACACAUAUACGAGCCGCGGGCAGCCGCCUCAGACAGAUCUUGCCGUCGGGUACGCGCCGGAGCUAAACAACGCACGAUGCUUGUGUCCGAUCAAGGCGACCCAAGGAUCUGCUGUGACCUAUUGCGCCAAGUGCGCCAUGGCCGUACACUCCAAGUGCCAUCAAACCCAGACGAUCGAUACAUGGCAUUGCGAAGCAUGUCGAGCAGCGGUGUUUGAGCCGUUCUUUCACGUGCAUGCGACGUACGGGCACCCCGUGUUCUUGCGCUUUACUGCGUCCGUCCGGCAACAGAUCGUGUACGAAAUCCCUCCAGACGACCUGAUUGCCAUGAAGCGGGCCAAGGGGACAGAGCCUGGGUCGUUGGAGCUCCAGCUGCGGUGCUUUGCGAUGAAGGAGCCUUUGUCGGAAGGCCACUGCUGGCCCACGUGCUCCACCGUCGUCGUGAACGGGUACGCGUGUCCUGUCGUCCAGCGCGCCGUGCCUGGCCAAGCCAAUGCGUCCAAGGUUCUUCGAGAGCAACCGCUCAACCUCCUCCCUGUUUCGCGCCACGGGUCCAACACGAUCGAGAUCCGAACCGCCGACUCGCUGCCGAACGUGUAUGUGUUUGUCAUCCAACGUGUCGAGAAACAAGCUUUGGACCACUUGCUCCAGCAAGUGGUCGUCCAGUCGGAACAAAUCACAUACGAUCAAGCAAAAGCCGACGUGGUCAAGUCGUUUGGCAACGACGACGAUGACAUUGUGGCCACGUGCACGAUGCUGUCGGUGCGAUGUCCGCUUGGCCUUGGCGUCAUCGACCUUCCCGCACGGGGCAUCCACUGCCAGCACCUGCAGUGCUUCGACUUGAAGACGUUUCUCAUGUUUAAUCGAACGGCGCGGUCGCGCGCAUGGAAAUGCAUCGUGUGCCACAAAUUUAUCGCGCUCGACGAGCUCCGCAUCGAUCCGUACUUGAAGAAGCUGCUCGCAGACGUCCACGAUGACGAAGAACUAGAGGAAGUCGAGAUCUUUCCCGACGCGACGUGGCGGAAACGAGUGGCCGACGACAUCAAGCCCGACAAACGCGCCAAACCCACGGACCCAUCGUCCGCGGACGAUAAGCUACCACAGCUGGACAUCGUCCCGAUUGACGUGCUGGCGUCACCCGCCACCGCGCCGGCGCUCGACUCGAUUGACUUGACUCUAUCGUCCGACGAGGACGAGGACCGACCCCUUGUCGACGUCGUCCCACCUCCUACGCAGCAGCCGGCCGACAUGCACUCGAUGUGGAACGCUCCAUCGUCGUGGCGCCACCCCCUCGUGUCUCCGACAUCGCAAUGGCAACCAUCCGCGCCAGUGCCUGCUCGCGCGUUUGGAGGCAUCUUGGACGCAACGUAUGACGAUCCGUGGUCGACCCCGAUCCCUGCGCCUGCCCCGUUUCCAGGCGCGGUCUCGUCCGCGGCAUCGCAUCACCGGUCCCUGCCUCCUCUAAACAGCAAUGCGCUCCCGCCCUCCGCGCACCUCUUUCCCCCCGUGCAACCUCCCGCCGUGACAGGGUUUGCUCCAUUCGACACAUUUGCAGACAAGACUCCCCGGACCCACAACAGCACAGAAAACUCUCUGCACUGGCACGUGGACGGCGGCAAUGGUCUCUACGACAUCCCUGCCAAAGCACGAAAACGAUUGCAUCGAGGCGACCAGGUCCUUCCGCCCCCGUUUCCCGGCAGUGUGUCGUCGCACCCGCUGACCAACGGCGGCGGCGUCAGUAGUUUGAGCAGUAGUUCCAGUAGUAGCCACAUCCACCCCAUGUCGUCGUCAGCGGCGGCCAUGUCGAACGUCAUCUACCUCGACGACGACAGCGACUAAUCACAACCCAAACGUAUUUCAGAGCCAUCCCACGCGAUAUGCUACAACAGGCCUUGCCGCGCCAGAUCUUCGUACGUCUUGCGGUUGAACACGUUUCCCUCCGAGUCUUCAAA